AUGCCUCCCCAUCAAAAUCCGUCCACCGAUGUCACACUGUCAAGUAUCCGCGAGCAACUCUCCACACUCAUCGCUAUUUCUGCCGCUAAUGUUCGCCGUCUUGAUGCAAUUAUCACACAAAUGGCCACUGUCAACAUCCUCAUCGGCAUUCAAACCGAGACCAUGGCCAAACUCAUCCCGCAUCCACCUCCGUUUCCACCAUCGAAUCAGCAACCAAGGUCGCCGCCGCCGACAUCCACACCGCCACUGCCGCCGCCACAACAAUCGUUACUGCCACCGCCGCCUCCAAAACCAUUGAAAUCGUCCAUGUCCACACAACACCCACUGCCACCGUUACCGCAACCGCCGCCAUCGAAAGUAACAUUCAUGCAAUUCCGACCCGUCACUUUUCAACCGUUCAACCCACAGUUUCCCGCUCUCGUUGUUGUAUGCACCCGUAUGCAGGACCUUGUGGAUAAGGUCCAUUUGAAGGACGGAGGAAUUGAUAUGUGCCUCGGGCCAUAUCGAAGGCCACCUCCAUGGUCGGACCCAUCAAAAAAGCUAUACAUUAAAUGGACUUCCUUUUGCGAUACUCUUGCAACACCUUACAGAUUGUCAUUAAAGCUUUUCAUUGAUAUCCCAAGCUUGCAACCCACGAUCUCAUGUUACUGCUUUCUAGUUUUUCAUGCAACUUCCUAUUUACUAGGAUAUAGUUAA